AUGUAUUUUUUUAAAAACGUUUUAUUACUUAUUUUAUAUUCUAUUAUUUGUUACUCCCAAACAUCUAAUAAAAAAUUAUCUGCUGGAGCUUAUUCUAAUGACCCUACAUCAUGUAUUAAUGAAGCAUUUAAAGAUAAUGGUGUUUAUGAAAUUUUUAAUAAUGAAACAGCUAUUUGUGAUAAAGGAAAUAAUGUUUGUACAUAUUAUUCUGUUAUAAGUAAUGAAAAUAAAGAAAUUACUAUUGUAUUUCGGGGAACAAAAACAACAGAUCAAUUGAUAAGAGAAGGCAUUGCAACACUUAUUGAUGGAAAAGAUUUCUUUAAUAUUGGUCUUGUUAAUAGAUAUUUCUUCCAGGCACAUAAUGUUUUGUGGAAUUCUAUUAAUGAAAUAUUUCAAGAUAAUAAAUAUAAAGAUUAUAAAGUUUAUGUUACGGGUCAUUCACUUGGUGGAGCAUUAGCAGCAUUAUGUGCUAUUAGAAUACAAUUAGAAAAUAUUAGAAAUAGUAGUGAUAUAUUUCUUUAUACUUUUGGAGAACCUAGAGUUGGUUCUGCUAGUUUUGCAUUUAAAUUUGAUGAAUUAAUACCAAAUAGUUGGAGGAUUGUUCAUGCACUUGAUGUUGUUCCACAUUUACCACCAUGUGGUAAAGAGGCUGAAUCAUCAUUGUUAAAGAAAUUUUUUGGAAAAAGUAGUCAACCAUGUGAUCCUACAUUACUUGAUGAACCUUAUCAUCAUGGUACAGAGAUAUGGUAUCCUAAUGGAAUGGGUGAGGGUGACACUUUUGUUGAAUGUACAGGAACACCAAAAAAUGAAGAUUUUGAAUGUAGUGAUCAAUAUAAAUUUGAUAUUGCAAAAUUCAAAGUAUAUGCUGAAGAUCAUAGACAUUAUUUUAAUCAUAAAGUACCAGCAUUUGGAAAAUUAGGUUGCCUUCCUGGAAUGGAAAACGAGGAAGAAAAUCUUCCAGAUGAUGCAGUAUAA